GAGACGCCUGGCGGCGCCGGAAACCAGCCGGGCCGUUGGGCGUUCGCGCGGAGGCAGCGGCGGGCGAGCGCGGCUUGGGAGCGCCGGAACUAUCCCGCAGCGGCGUAGCGGGCGACGUCAGGAGGCGCGACUGGGCCUCGGCGUGACGUCACCGCCAUGGCCGUGCCCGCCGCCCUGCCGUUCUGGGGCAGCCGCCGCCGCGUCCUGGAGCAGCAGCUGGUGCGGCGGCGGGAGCAGGAGGCCCGCCUGCGCCAGCAGUGGGAGCUGCACAGCCGCUCCUUCCAGCAGUCCGGGCUGCGGAGCCGCAAACAGGCCGAAUGGAGUUCGCGCCGCUCCUUCCAGCAGAGCAUGGAGGCGCACAGCCGGGAGCGGCUGAAGGCGGAGGCGGCGGCGGGCCUGGAGCGGCGGCGGCUGCGGCUGCGGGAGUUGCUGUGGCAGGAGCGCGAAGACCUGGCGGCUGAGCUGCGGGCGCUGCGGACCGGUGGGGAGGCUGAGCUGGAGGAGAAGCGGCAGCGGAGCCAGGAGCUGCGCUUGGCUAGGGAGGAGCAGCGGAAGCAGGUGGCGGAAGAUCGUCUCUACGACUGCUGGAGGAAGAACAGCGCGAAGCUCCGAGAGGUGAGCUCAGAGCUGCACAAGAAGCAGGUGGUGGAAGCCUGGGGGGACCAGCUGGCGCUGAAGCAACAGCGAGAAGCGGCUGAUCGGGAAGAGAAAGUCCGCUCUGAGAACCAGUACGAGAGAGCCCGCAGAGAAGCCCUGGAGCGGCUGAAGCAGGAAGAGCAGCGCAGGAAGCGGGAGGAGGAGAAACGGGCCGAGAUCCUGCGGCAGCAGAUGGCGGAGCUCCAGCUGCGGGACGUGGAGGCCACCAAGCUGAAGGAGGAGGAGGAGACCCUGCUGAAGCAGCAUUGGGAGCUGCAAGCCAUGGAAGCUGAGCGGAAGCGGAAGGAUGAGCAGCGGAAGAAGGUGGAGCUUGGGCGCUUUCUGAAGCAUCAGGUCCAGGCACAGCUGAGGAAACGGGCUCAACAGGUCCAGGAAGAGUUGGAGAAGGACAGGCAGAUCCUCCUGGCCCUGUCCGAGAAGGAUGAGGAGGACCAGCGCCUGAAGUCUACCCAGCGGGAAGAAGCCGUGGCCGCGGUGGCCUGGAUGAAGGAGGUCAUUGAAGAGCAGCUGCAGCUGGAAAGAGAACGAGAGGCAGAGCUGGAGACCAUCUUCAGGGAAGAAGCCAGGCAGGUUUGGGAGAAGCGAGAGGAAGAAUGGGAGAGAGAGCAGAAGGCCCGGGACAGGCUCAUGGCAGAGGUCCUGGCCGAGAGGGAACAGCAGAUCCAGCAGAAGAUGGAGCGCAACAGGCAGGCCCAGCAGGACUCCGUCAGGUUCCGGGAGCAGCUGAUCCAGCAGCUAGAAGAGGCCAGGCAGCUGACGCAGCGGGAACAAGAGGCGGCGGUUGAGCGAAAAACUGCCCGCAAGCAGGAGCUGCAGGCCCAGCUCACGGAGCGGCAGCGGCAGCAACAGGAGGAGCUCCAGCACCAGCAGGAGACAGCCACAGAAGCCCGGAUGCGAGAAGAGCAGCACCAGCAGCUGGAAGAGCUGGAGGCCAGGCGCAUGGUGGAGGCUGGCUAUCGCAACAAGUGCCACAGCUACCCCAAAGCUGCCUGGAGCUAAAGAAGAUUCUGCAUUCUGGGUCUGGGUGGCCGACAACCUCUUUGCCAGCUGUACUGACAGUCUACUUGGAGCCAGCAGGGAUGCCAGGAGAUGAAGGGGGUGGGCUGGUUCCCCCAGAAGCGGUCUUCCUGCCUCCCCCCCUCCCUCAAGGAGCAGCUGCUACCUGGUGGCUCUUUCCCUGCCAAGGCAGAACGGAAGAGUGGCAGUGAAGUUGGUGGGUGAGGUGCUUAGAGGGUCAAUAAAGAGCUAUUUUUCUUUUUAAA